CCCGUCGUAACACGACACGUUUUUAUAUUCUUCAAAAAGUUAAAAAAAAAUUGCCCUUGUUGAAAUAAUACUUGAAUUACGUGCAUCUUAACUAUUUUGGUGCGAUUUCAAAUUUACAUAUAUUGGGUUAAUCCUGCCAGAGAAUUUUACACUUUCUCAUUGUGCACGUUACAAUCCUUCAUAACUAAAGGUACAGGCGACGAACUAAUAAAUAUGGCUACCGAUGCUCAUUUUGGUAAUUGCGACAGUCUACAGACUGUAAAAUGCAGAUUUUUGUCGUAAAAAUUAUUUAAAAUUUUCAUAAUUCGUUAUUAAUUUCAAACUCGAAAAAAGUACAUUUCUCCGCCAACAACGCCAUGUCGAAAGCUAUGAGGAAUCCGCUGAUUUUCGACGCCAUCUUCGCCCACCUCCACCUCCGCGACUUGAAGACGUCGCGUCUCGUUUGCCAAGACUGGAACGACGUCGCCUCCACCUUAUUAGCAAAACGGGCUUAUCUCCACGCCAACAAACUUUUUACACUCAUGGCGUCCAAGUUGUUUGACGUUAAGGUGACCCCUGUCAACUCCCAACUGAUCCGACGCCUCCGCAUCUCGGACAACCUCCACAGAUCCAUUUGGUCAAACAGGAUCAAGAUUGGCAUUAUUACAAAAGUUCUCACCGAAGUUCCGGAAGUGUCUCAAUUAACUCGUGAAAUUAAAUUUGACGUCACUCACAAGGAAUUUGUCCCCCCUUUCCUGCAAGGAAUUAGAAUGUUGGGGUCCACAAAAAUCCGGCACGUGGACAUCUCCAUCCACCUGAAAUCCUUCAGUGACUACAUAAUUCCAGCCGAGACGUAUCAAAAACUCCGCCCGCAACCUAGCCUGACCUCCGUCAAGUUUAAAACUCUUUCAAACUCUGAAUUUGGCGGACAACUCGAAUUUCAACCCUUAAUCCAAAUCUGGCUAGAUGCUGCCCCAAAUUUGGCCAAUUUGGACGUCGCGGUGUCUUUUUAUCCUAAUCUGGAAGGGUGCACGAAUCUCAAAGUGCGGAGAUUUGAAUUCUUAGAACGCUAUAGGACAGACAUCGAUUUGAACAAAGUGAUCAAGAUGCUGGGACAGAUUAAGGAUUCCUUAAUAGAGCUGGAAUUGAGUAAACGUUAUUCCAGGACACAGCAGAUCCAAACUGUUGAUGAAGUUCCCGUCAUGUCGAAACUUACCAAGCUCUCAAUCCAUGCCUUACAAGCGUACGGAAUUCUUUGGUUUUUUGAUGAGGACCACUUCCCAAAAUUAAAAACCCUCUCUCUCCACCACGCAUCAGGGGAGGGAACCCUGACAUCCCAUCUAAAUUUGUGGAGACGACACAGAGGGGUUCAAGCUCUUGGGUUGACCGUGGAUUUCUUGUAUUCGAAGAAGGGGGAGGAAGAGGACUUCGAGGAAAAAAUUGUGGACAUGUUUCCCUCUGUUAUGGAGUUGGAUUUGACGAUGAAACACAUAAGUUUAAGUUUCAUUCCCGCCAUCAACCGUAUUAUGGAAUCGUUCAAAACGUGGGAUUUAGAACGCGUCAACGUUUGCGUCACUUGGGGGAGACAAAUCUCCUUGUUGAGUGAACUCCUCAAAGCUAUAUCCGUUUUGAAAGGAGUAAAAAGUUUCCAGCUUCUGGACAUUAUGUCCACGGAGGACCACUUUUCUACCUACAUUGAAGACGUCAUUUUGCACAGUAGAGGAUUUAAGAGUUUUGAAAUCUCGGGAUAUGAGCGACCGUAAGCGGUGGAACCAAUGCGAUCCAGUUUUGAAGCCAGCAGGGCCCCCGUUCAUUUCCGAGUGGGGAGGUAACAUAGAUACAUAAAAAGUGCCAUUACCAGAAUUACAAUGGAAUACCAGACUCGAGCGUAGGAAAUUUCCUGUCUCGAAUUGUGUCGAGAAACAGACAAAUUUUUGUCUCUAUAUCGUAUGUAUAAUAAGCUCAGUUUUAAAAUACAUAGGUUGGUUGU